AUGGCCGCCGAUUCAGAAACCACCGUCAACUCCCUUCACCCGUCUGUGGUCGACAAGAUCGAUCCUGACUUCGCCAGGAUCUACAACCUCUACCAAGCGCCUAAACUACGGGCUGAUCAGGUUCCGUACGAGGAGUACAACAAGGACCGAGCAAAGUACACGUUUCCCACGCACGAGGUCCAAGGUCCGUGCCCGGACGUCGAUAGUGUCACGGUGCACCAGGUCCCGACCACAGCGCCGGUUGGAGAGAUUGCCGUGCAAAUCAUCAAGCCGACGGGUGAUGCAAUUGCCAAGGGCGGGCUGAGCAGGAACGGCCGCCUCCCCGCAUACCUCGACUUUCACGGCGGUGGGUUCGUGAUUGGGAACCUGGCCACCGACGAGGUCUUCUGCAAGACCGUUGCCCAGCAAGUCGGCUGCGUCGUUGUUAAUGUCGAGUACCGGACGUCUCCCGAGUACCCCCAUCCCACGCCGGUGCAGGACAGCUUUGAUGCGCUGAAGUGGGUGGUCACCCACGGCGACACCCUCGGCAUUGACACGUCUCGCCUUGCCGUCGGCGGCUACUCGGCGGGAGGAUGCAUCGCUGCCGCGCUGGCUCUCCUGGUCAGGGACGACCCGGCCCUCCCGCCGUUGAGGCUCCAGCUGCUGGUUGUUCCCGUCUUGGAUGCGAGGUUCGUGCCGGAGGAGGGCUCAUGCGACCCCAAGACGGCCCCUUACGAGAGCUAUGUGACCUUGGAGCACGCUCCGUGUCUGCCGCUUAAUCGUCUGCGGUGGUUCUACAACCUGUGGCUAGGGAGGGGCGAACAGAGGGUUGAGAAGGCCAACGACUUCCGGGCAUCGCCAAUGGUGGCGGGUGACUUCUCUCGCCUGGCCCCUGCCAGCAUACAUUCUGCCGAAAUCGAUCCGCUGGUGGACGAGGGCCGCUUAUACCACGACAAGCUUGUGGCUGCGGGAACGCCUAGUGAUCUGAAGGUUCACAAGGGGGUCGCACAUCCGUUUGGUCACUGGGCUGGUGAAUUGCCCGCUGCCAGGGAGUUUCGCAAUAAUGCGUACUCGGCAUUACGGGUUUCGUUCACCAUCAGUCAAUGA